CACUGGACGCGCUGCGCUUUAAAUAGCAGGUGUUUGAAAACUGUUCAUGCUCAGCCUGUCACCACUGUAGGUCUGCCUGCUCCCUCUCUCUUUAACUCCGUCAAAACACACGCGAUGUCAGCCGCCAGCACCGAGACGAGCGCCCAGUUGCCCGCGUCCGCCAGCCGGGUGUUCUUCCAGCCGCCGGCCGGGGUUGGGUGCGCUGGGCCCGGCCCCAUUCCGCGGGAUGACCCGGUCCAGAGGAAGCAGGGAAAAGUGACGGUGAAGUACGACAGGAAGGAGCUGCGGAAGAGACUGAUACUGGAGGAGUGGAUCAUUGAACAACUCAGCGAUCUGUACGACUGUGAGGUGAGGAGAGGAGGUUUUAUUGGCGCUUUGGGUCGGUUAUUCUUGGAGGAUUCGGGAUAA